AUGGGACCCCUUUGCUGGGGGAUCUGCUCCGCUGGGAAAAUCAGCCAUGAUUUCCUGGUGGCUCUGAAGACGCUGCCACCAGAAGAACACAAGGUGGUGGCGAUUGCUUCUCGUGAUCUUGACCGGGCUCAGGAAUAUGCACAAACCCACAGCAUCCCCAGGGCCUAUGGGUCUUAUGAAGAACUAGCGGAGGAUCCAGAUGUUGACGUGGCCUAUGUCGGGGUGAUACCCCCAUAUCACCUGCCAGCCGCCCUCCUCUUCAUCCGGGCUGGGAAGAACGUGCUCUGUGAGAAGCCCCUGGGCAUGAAUGCCACCGAGGUGGAAAUGAUGGUGCAGGCCGCUCGGGAGAAGAAGGUCUUCCUCAUGGAGGCUCUCUGGACCCGUUUCUUCCCUGCUUCAGAGAAGAUGUGCAGCCUGCUCAGGGAAAGGACGGUUGGAGAGCCACUGAUGCUUUGUGCUGAAAUCGGGCUCCCGCCAAGCACCCCGUGGGGCAUGCAGAAAGCGCUCGGGGGAGGCGCCUUGCUGAGCCUCGGCAUCUACUGCGUCCAGCUGGCCUGCGUCGUCUUCGACAGAGAGAAGCCGAACUCCAUUGUGGCCUCUGGAGUCUUGUCUGAGACAGGAGUGGACAAAGUUGCUUCAGUAAUCCUGAACUAUUCAGGUCAACGCCAAGCUGUCUUCAUGUACACCCGGAUGGCCAAAAUGCCCAAUCGGGCCAGCAUUACUGGCACCAAAGGAAUCAUUGAGAUUCCAGACCCUUUCUAUUCCCCACUGCGGUUGGUUGUCAAUGGGCAAAAGGAAGACUUCCCCCUUCCUACUGCUCCCCAAAAACUGCACUAUCCCACCAGCGCUGCCCUAUCCUACGAAGCACAGCAUGUCAGACAGUGUAUUCUUCAGGGCCUGAAGGAGAGCCCCAUCGUGUCUCAUGUGGACAGUGAGCUGGUCCACUCUAUUUUGGAUGAAAUCCGGAGGCAGCUGGGGGUGACCUAUCCUCAGGAUCACGCCUGA